CGGAGGUUGUCGUCUCCUCUUUUAUUAAGCGUCUCUGGCAGCAGAUCUCGCGAGAGCUCCGCAGUCGCUCAGCACCAGUCGCUUUUGCAGCAGGGCUGAGGGAGACGGAGAGGCUGCAUCAUGGCGGACAGAGACAGUGGAAGUGAGCACGGUGGAUUCGCCGCAGGCCCCGGUCCGAUGCAACAGGGCGCUGCAUCGCGGCUCCAGCACGACACGGAGGAGCUCGCCUCGAAGCGGGUGGACAUUCAGAACAAACGCUUCUAUCUGGACGUGAAGCAGAACGCCAAAGGCCGCUUUCUGAAGAUAGCAGAGGUCGGGGCCGGGGGAAACAAGAGCCGCCUCACUCUCUCCAUGUCCGUCGCUGUGGAGUUUCGCGACUAUCUAGGAGACUUCAUCGAGCACUACGCCCAGCUGGGCCCCAGCAACCCUGACACGGUGCAGGACGAGCCCCGGAGGGCGCUUAAGAGCGAGUUCCUGGUGCGGGAGAAUCGGAAGUACUACAUGGAUCUGAAGGAGAACCAGAGGGGGCGGUUUCUCCGGAUCCGGCAGACCGUCAAUCGCGGGCCUGGCCCUGGACCCUCGCAAGGCCAGACCAUCGCUCUACCUGCUCAGGGACUCAUCGAGUUCCGCGACGCGUUGGCCAAACUCAUCGACGACUUCGGCGUGGACGAGGACCCGGCGGAGCUGCCCGAGGGCACGUCGCUGACCGUGGACAACAAGCGCUUCUUCUUCGACGUGGGCUCCAACAAGUACGGCGUCUUCAUGCGGGUCAGCGAAGUGAAGCCCACCUACCGCAACUCCAUCACGGUGCCCUGCAAAGUCUGGUCCAAAUUCGGCACGACCUUCUGCAAGUACGCGGACGAGAUGAAGAAGAUCCAGGAGCGGAGCCGAGAGCGGAGGGCGCGCGAGAUGCUACCGGAGGGCCUGCACGGGGACGACGGGGACGAGGACUAAUGCAUACCUGUGCGUACAGGAAGAAUGACAUGAUAAUCAGACGUUACUGUAAUUUGGGAUCGAUCUACACACACACACACACACAACCCUCACAGACUCAAACAGUUGCAUCUCUUCACUCAUCGCCGGAAACUACCCACUUACCCACCAUUUAACAGUAAGACGCUGCUAUCCACAACAUGAUGUAUGAUCCGUGUCCAGGAUGGUGCAGGAGUGUGUGUAUAUCCCCCUUUACCCACGUGUGUGACACAUUCAAGCUCUUAUGCACUGCAAAAACCCACUUGUUUUCCAGUACAAAUAUCUAAACAUCCUGAAAACCAUACACACACAAUUUUAUUCAGACAACUCAUGACACAGCAAAUAAUGUCAAUACUCGAAAUAAAAGAACAUACAUAGUCAAUGGUAAAAUGACACUUGAUAUAAAAACGAUACGAUUUGAUAUGCUUUCUAAACACUUCAGCACUGACACCAGUCAAUCAUGUUGCCAACUUGACAGCAGCUGCUCCAUGUUUAAAAACUGAUAACCUUAUGUUUUUAGCAUAUUUUAAAAUGUACUUUCAAAAAAAAAAAAAAAAAAAAUGGCAUGAAAAUGCUGUUC